GCCUGGCCUCCUGAAGAUGCCCAGGAGAGGAGCUCUUCCCCUCUGGACACUCCUGGUGCUGCUGCAGCUGGUUCUCAUCCCAUCACAGCUGGCAGGCUGCCUCCUCAAUCCCUGUUUGGAGGUCAUCCCUAAUAAAACUUUCAGAUGCACAGGGCUGAACAUCUCUGGAGUUCCUGCUCAAGUCCCAAAUACCACCCAGAACUUGGAUCUCAGUUUCAGCAAUCUGAAAUCACUGGGGUCCAAUUAUUUUUCAUCAGUCCCUGAACUGCAGCUUCUGGAUCUUUCAAGGUGCCACCUGCAUACAAUAGAAGACAACUCCUUUGUGGGUCUUCAGAAGCUUUCCACCUUAAUUUUAACUGCCAAUUCCCUCCAGUACCUGGGGAGAGGAGCCUUCUAUGGCUUAGUGUUUCUGAAGAAACUAGUGCUGGUGGAAACCAACAUAACCUCUCUGACUGACCUGCCCAUUGGACAUUUGCAUACCCUGCAGGAGCUGAAUUUGGGCCACAACAGCAUUGCUUCGUUGAAGCUUCCCACAUAUUUCACCAACCUGACCUCACUCAGGUACUUGAGCUUUUCCUCCAACAGGAUCUCAUAUAUCUCCAAAGGAGACCUUGAUGCCCUGGGGAAAGUGAACAGAGUCAACCUCACACUGGUGCUUUCCUUGAAUAAUAUAACACACAUAGAGCCAGGCUCCUUUGCAAGGAUCCACCUUGGUGAGCUGGUUCUAAGGUCCUCUUUUGAGAACUUCAGUGUGAUGCACACCUCUCUUCAAGGCCUGACUGGUUUACAGGUCAAGAGAUUAAUAGUUGGAGAAUUCAGUGACAGUCAGAGACUGAGAGACUUUCAGAGGGGACUCUUGAGUGGACUGUGUCAGGUACAAAUGCAGGAGUUUGUCUUAAUCUGCUUCAGGAGCUUCGACUAUGACACAGACACUCUUUUUGACUGCAUAGGCAACGUCUCCAGCAUUCGCCUGGUGGACACUGGAAUUGAAGAGGUGUCAGAGGUUCCUGUGCUCUCUCAAGUGAAGCAGCUGGAAUGCAAGAAAUGCAAGUUUAAGGAAGUGCCAGCUGUGAAGCUGUCUCUUUUCAAGGAGCUGAGAGUGCUUCGUAUUAUCCAGAGCAAAUACCUCAAUAGCUUCCAGCAGAAUUUUGAGAGUCUAAAGCACCUGGAGGUCAUGGACCUGAGUGAGAAUCGUCUCUCCUUCACUAGCUGCUGUUCCCCUCAGUUUCCUGGCUGCCCAAAUUUGCAGCAUCUGAACCUAAGCUUCAAUUCUGACAUCAGCGUGAGCGGAGAUUUCCACAACGUGAAGAAUUUGCUGUAUUUGGACUUCCAGCACACAAAGUUAUUAGGUCCUGGCACCUACCCUGUCUUCCUGUCCCUUCAGAAACUCAUUUACCUUGACAUUUCCUACACCAAAACUCAUGUUAAAUCCCAGUGUGCCUUUUGUGGCCUGAACUCCUUGCGGGUGCUCAAGAUGGCAGGCAACUCCUUUGAGAACAAUAGGCUGGACAACAGCUUCAAAAACCUAAGUCACCUCCACACCCUGGAUAUUUCAAGUUGCAAAUUGGUACAUGUGGAUCAAAGCACGUUUGAUGCCCUCUCUGAACUGAAAGAGCUGAACAUCAGCAACAAUAAGCUACUGACCUUUGAUCCUGCAGUCUACAAGCCACUCCAAGCCCUCACAGUCCUGGAUUUCAGCAACAACCAGCUGAGUGUUCUGCUGGACUUGGCCCUGGAAAUCCUGCCUGAGAGCCUGGUCCUGUUAGACAUCUCUCAAAACCUGUUUGAUUGCUCUUGCACACACCUGAGCUUCCUGAAAUGGGUCAAGGAAAAGCAGCAGCUGCUGCAGAACAAGGAGCUGAUGACCUGCCACAUGCCCGCGUACGUGAAGAACGUCAGCCUGUCGAGCUUUGAUCUCUCCUCCUGCCACAUCAAUCCCAGCAUGGUGUCAUCCUCAGUCAUCAUGUUGGUUGCUGCAGUGGUGUUUCUUAUCCUGAUUUACAAGUACUAUUUCCAGCUGUACUACUCAUUGGUGCUGCUCAGUGGAUGCAAACACUCUGCAGAAAGGGGUGACACCUAUGAUGCAUUUAUUAUCCACUCCAGCAAAGACCAAGAAUGGGUGAUGAAAGAGCUGGUGGAACCCUUGGAAGGUGGAACACCUCCCUUCCAGCUUUGCCUUUACUACAGGGAUUUCCUGCCAGGGGUACCCAUUGUCACCAAUAUCAUCCAAGAAGGCUUUCUGAGCAGCAGAAAUGUCAUUGCAGUCAUCUCUACAGACUUUCUGGAAAGCAAGUGGUGUAGCUUUGAGUUUGACAUUGCCCAGUCCUGGCAGCUUGUUGAAGGAAAGGCUGGAAUCAUCAUGAUUGUACUGGAGGAAGUGAAUAAGGCCUUGGUGAGGCAGAGGCUGGGGCUGUCCCGCUACCUGAGGAGGAACACCUACCUGGAGUGGAAAAACAAGGAGAUAAGCAAGCACGUCUUCUGGAGGCAGCUGACAGGAGUCCUGCUCAAAGGCAAAAGAUGGAACCACGAGGAAGUAAAGCUCAUGUGA